UGUGAGAAGAUUCUAGACUUUGCUCAUCUCUUGGGCUUGGUGCUUGUGUUAUGGGAAGAGAGAUUGUAAUUUGAAGCUGUUUGUAGAGGUGGUUACACUGAGAGAAUCCAAUCAUUGCUGGUCCAGGCACACUUGGAAAGCCCUACAAGGCUUUAUAUACAGAAGGUUCAGAGACAGCAAGUAAAACCCUUCAUGACCCUCGACCAUCAAAUCUUCAGCCAAACUCUCAAGCAUCCACAACCUCCAGCACCAAGUUGUAGGCCUCUGGCACAGCAUGGACUCAUGAGCCCAGAUAGUGAUGCUGGCUGUGCAGGAAACCCACUCACCAAACUACUGACUCUUGGGAAAGACGAUGACAGCACGGAAUGGCAUUUAUCUGGAAGUAUUUUGGAUGUAUAUAGUGGUGAACAGGGGAUUUCUGCAGUUAAUAUGGGUCUUACAAGUGCUUCCUGUCCCAGUAGUUUACCAAUGAAAAAGGAAAUUGCAGACACCAACACUGGAGCUUUGGCAAAAGAGAGACAGAAGAAGGACAACCACAACCUCAUUGAAAGAAGAAGAAGGUAUAAUAUUAAUUACCGAAUCAAGGAGCUUGGCACUCUUAUUCCAAAAUCUAAUGAUCCUGAUAUGCGCUGGAACAAAGGAACCAUUCUAAAAGCAUCAGUGGAGUACAUCAAGUGGCUACAGAAAGAACAACAGAAAGCACGAGACUUAGAACACAGACAGAAGAAAUUAGAGCAGGCUAACCGGAGACUUCUACUCCGGAUUCAGGAACUAGAAAUACAGGCUCGUGCCCAUGGGCUGCCAACAAUGACUUCACUUGGCACUGUUGAUUUAGGUGCACAUGUCACCAAACAGCAAACCCACCCUGAACGAAACUCAGUGGACUAUUGCCAACAACUGACUCCAUCUCAGGGGACAAGCCCGGAGUUCUAUGAUCAAGCUAUGGCCUUUUCUGAUCCAUUGUCUCACUUCACAGAUUUAUCAUUUAGUGCUGCUUUGAAAGAGGAACAAAGAUUGGAAGACAUGUUGCUGGAUGACACAAUAUCCCCCUUUGGAACAGACCCGCUGCUCUCUGCCACUUCCCCUGUAGUUUCCAAAGCAAGCAGUAGAAGUAGUUUGAGCUCAGAGGAUGGUGACGAGUUAUAAGACACAAACAGACUGUUUGUCAAAUAGGAAGCAGCUCCAUCCUGGUGCUAUGCAAUUAUGAUCUGUAUUUCAUAUGUUGCUUUGGCUUAAUUUUCCGAAAGGACUAUAUGGUCCAUGAAAAAGGUGAUUUGAAGUGAUUAAAGAAUUCAUGGAAAGAAGAAACAUGCUGUUGAAGAAUUAUUGAAGCUCAAAGUAAUGUUUUCCCCUUUCUCAACAGAAUCCAAAUUUACUUAAAUUUCAUUUUCCUAGAAAGAGGCACAACCAAAGACAUGGCCCUGAAAUGAUGCUUUGAAAACAGUGACAUGAUAAGCUACUUGAAACUGAUGUCCAUAAAGAGACUGCAAUAUAUAAUCUCCUCUUAUUCACUUCUAUAGUCUUGUCACCUCUUACAGCACCCGUUUUUGAGAAUCAAAACCAACAAAUCUGGUGAUUAUUGUUUUCCCAUUGUCUGGUGGACAUAUGUAAGGUGGAAGUCUUGUUGGGAAAAAAUCACACAAAAUAUAUUUUCUAUCACUUGUAC